AGAGGUAAAGACACAUUCCUGAACCACACGCCAGUUUCCACAUGGAAACUUUGUGUUGCCGCCCACUUCUGCUCCAGUUGUGCGAGAGUUGAGCCACGGUUGUUCCCUUCACACAGCUCUGUGAAGACUCUGAGUGGGCACAAAAUGGCUCCACGGCAGCUCCACCUGAGGUUAAUAGCGCUGACAGUGGUGGUGACACUGUUGGCUCUCAGAGAUGCAGCAGGUGACAGCAAACUGUACAAGAUCUUAAAGAAGAGAGAGGUGGCAGGACCUGGUACUACUCUGUCAAAGUCCUCCAUCGACGUCCCUCCCUCGAAGGCUCGGGAAUUCCUGGCAAAGCUGAGCAGAACCAAGAGGAACAUCUGGGACCGGAGCAGACCUGACGUGCAGCAGUGGAUCAUGCAGUUCAUGUACAUGGGCUACGACGAGCAGAGGCUGGAGGCUGACCUGUCCUACUGGAUGGACCAAGCGCGCUCCAGUGACCAAGGGCGCCAGCAUCAUUACGAUGAAAACGCCCCCAUUGGCCCACGGGACCACAGCACCUACAGACACGGAGCUGAUGUCAACUAUGACUACUAUUAACUGGAGUCCAGACGCAAACACGGGGUUUCUGUGAUCGAUCAGUUUCUUCAUGUAACUCUGUGAUGGUUGAGUUGUCACAUCCUCCUAAAGUAACCCUAAUCUCUGUAUCACAUAUUAGAAACAGACAGAGUCUCAGCUUUUAUCUCAUUGUAAAUAAAAAACAAGUACCGAA